AUAAUUCCUUCUAGAAUUUCUGUUCAAGCAGAAUCGCAAACAUUGAACCGCUGAUCUGAACCGUUAAAACGUGGUUAAAUCAAGCAAGACACACCGCUUCUCUAAACAAACAACUCCUAAACACUGUGAAAUUUUGCCGAAAUGGAUAAAAUUCAAGAAUUAAAACGCGAUGUCAGUGAGCUGGAGUCUCUCAUGGCACAAGCGACCCGCACCAAAGUUAAAGAUAUGAUUAGCAUCGAUUGCCGCAAGUUGGUUACUGAAAUUAUACGAAUUGAAGAGCAAUUAAAGAAAGAACAACAGUCUACAGCCACCACACCAACUGCCAGUGCCCCUGCAGCUUCAACAACAUCCAAACGCUACCAAAUUAGAUUAAACAAUUAUGCUUGGCACCAAUCAAAAAAAUUGGUUCAGUUUUAUGUUCACCUCAAGAAUGUGCAAAGUCUACAACCAGAAGCAGUAACAUGCACAUUCACACCAAAGUCAGUAGAACUUUCAGUUACUGACUUGGAUGGCCGAGAUUACAUUUUCACAAUAAAUAAAUUGCUUGAAAACAUAACGCCGGCCGGUAGCAGUUGGAAGGUGAAAACCGACAUGGUGGUUAUCAACCUGGCGAAAGAAACCCCGGUUAGUUGGUCACACGUUACUGAAACAGAAAAGAAGGCAAGCGAGGCGAAAAAAGUGCCACAGAUGGACAAGAACGCUGAUCCCUCCGAUGGCCUUAUGUCUAUUAUGAAGAACAUGUACGAGCAGGGCGACGACGAGAUGAAACGCACCAUCGCCAAGGCGUGGACUGAGGGUCAGGGUAAACAGCGAGGUGGUAUGCUUUAGAAUCUCAAUUUUUUUAUAUUAUACAUAAAGCUACAUAAUAAGUAUAAUGUAAUGAUAUAAAGAGUACGAGGAAUACUUUAAUAAGUCACUUGUAUUUCGGAGCAAAAUUUCAAUUUGAAGAUUUUUUUCUUAGGAAUGCAAGUCCGAUGUUCUGUUUAAAAACAGUAAUCACAUAUUUCGAGAUUUAGUUGCAAGACAUAACUUCAGUCACAAUGCAGUGUAUGCACAUCACAGUUAAUUGCUUUUGCUUACAUUGUACGAUAAUCGAUAAUUUUGGUAGAAUUGAUUGUCAGAUUUAAAUAAAGCAUAAGACAGUAAGUAAUA